CCUACACACAAAUUACUACGCAGUUAAUAACUUCAGAACAAUUUGAAGAGAAUAAUAAUCAAUUUGUUGACUUUAUACCAAACCAAAGAAUGUUUCAAGAACCAGAUUAUGUACACAAUGUGUCAUUAAAACUAUCAGAUGUACUUGAUGAUAUAGGAGUAGACGAGAGAACUGUGUUGAAGAGGAGAAGAGCAUACCUGCUGAUGGAAUCUAUUGAUAAAACAGAUAGCAUACUAGUGGAUAAGAUAUUUUCAGUGUAUUAUUUAGGCAGUCUCUCAGAAGGCACAACCACAACAGGACUUAAUUCUGACAGUGACAGACUUUGCUGUUUUAAUAAAUGUAAUAUGAUACAAGACUGGAAAGAUUGGCAACCUGGUGUAUUAAAUUUAUUGAUGAUCCAAGAUGAAUCUGUAUCACCAGGCUACUGUUUACUACAAAGUCUGAGAGCAGAUGCCCCUCUUCCAAGCAUUUGUGAACAUGUAUUUAAUGAAUGUAUAUGUGAAGUCAUUUUUUUCAGAGAUAUGACAGGGAGACUGUUUAUGAGGAAUAGUGUACUGUGUGAUGAAUUAGCUUCUAAUUUAGGGAGAGGAAUAAGACAUGGUCCAGCAUUCACACAAGGAGGUGGGGUUAUAGAUACUGACACUGUUGGUGCUUUACACUGUAAAUCAUGGCCUCUACAAGCUAGACAAUGGUUAGACUGGCAAGGUGUAGGUCAGUGGCCUUCAGUUGAUAUGAAGAGAUAUUGUAGCAAUUCUGGAUGUUUUGUUGUUGGUGUUGGUAGCAAGGGUAGUCAAAAUGAGGAGCUUGAAUGGAGGAUAUCAACAUGUUUCGCAGAAAGGUGUCUGAUGUUCAAUCUCAACAUCACACAGAUUCGGUGCUACGUGCUGAUGAAGAUGAUAUUAAAAACUUACAUCAAGCCGCACUAUGAAGACACCAUUUCAAGUUUCAUGUGUAAAACAGUUUUGUUACAAUUAACUGCAAAUACACAGUCCAGUUUCUGGAGAGAAAAUAACUUACUUGUUUGCCUAUCACUUUGUCUAUCUGUCUUAUACAACUAUAUUUUGAAUGAAAACUGUCCACAUUUCAUCAUACCAGGAAACAAUUUAAUGGCAGGGUAUAUUUCUUUUGAGUCUAAACCUCACAUUCUUGAAAUACUGCAGUAUAUCAUAAACAGCAAAGGAACAGCAUUACUAGAGAUUGAGUGUGACGAUCUUGGUAAACUGCUUCAGCUGAAGUUGAAUACUUUAUGCCUAGUCAAAAUAAUUAACAGUGUUUCAGCAUCAUUAUUAGAAGCUACUGCAGCGAUAGUUCAAUGUACCAUAUGCAAAAGUCUAAUAUCAGUUAGAAACAGCAGUGAUGAAAUCACUAUAAGAACAUUGAUGAAGUAUCUUUCCAAACUAGUCAUCCUUUCUCAAUGCCAAGGAUUGGACAAAACAACUUGCAGCCUUCUUGCACCACGGUUUUGUACAACACUGGGAUCAAUCCUGGCAUCCCAAAACACUGGACAGAACAAUGGUAUAUCAGAAGAAGCUCUCACAUGGAUCUCACUCGGUCUGAACACAGAUGUUUCAUCUGGAAAACUGAAGCUAGCAUCAGUCUUUUACUGCACAGGUGAUGUUCAAAAAACAGAAACUGUGCUCAGAGAUAUCGAAAGAUGCUAUGACCCAAAUAUUGUUGAGCCAGUAUGUACGUGCCAUAAUUACAUCAAACAAAUGUAUAGAUAAGAGGUUUCAUUGCAAUAUCUGACAAUCACAAUGAAGAUGCACUUCAGUACGCUACAGCAUUCUGUGUAAGAUUUCUGCGAUGUGAAAUCAACUGCAUUCCAAAAGAACUACAAUAUGAACUGUUCAAAUCUACAGAAGAGGAUCUUGCUUUCCGACGUAACGAGGAUAAAUGGAUGGACUUUGCAUUGGUUGAUUCUCUCCCCUACCUGUAUUUCCUACAAUACAAGACUUACAGCCACCUUGGGAGACAAGAUGAUACAAAAAAAGCACUUUCCAAUCUGAUCAGGACCAUUGACCAGGAACCAAAUCUAGGACACAGGGAAACAGCCCUGAAUCUACUUGGACAAUGCAUGGAGCAAGAGAACAGACCAACAGCUGCUUUGCGUUGUUACUCAGUAUCCCUAAAUCUAAGGGGAAGAAACAAUGCUGCCAAAAUCCAUAUAUGUAGGCUUCUAUCUACUAUGAUAAAUGGCCAGGCUUGAAACCAGACAAACGACCAGGCUUGAAACAAGACAAACGACCAGGCUUGAAACCAGUCAAACGACCAGGCUUGAAACCAGACAAACGACCAGGCUUGAAACCAGUCAAACGACCAGGCUUGAAACCAGUCAAAUGACCAGGCUUGGAACCAGACAAACGACCAGGCUUGAAACCAGUCAAACAACCAGGCUUGAAACCAGUCAAACGACCAGGCUUGAAACCAGUCAAAUGACCAGCGGAUGCAUGGAUCCAUGCUGGUCACAAACCCAGUAUGUUGGUUUUCUCAUGGCGCGGCUCAUAUAAAGGGGGCAUUAAAUUGAUGACAAGACCAUGCAAAUGAUACGUCAUGCUAGGAGUAAUACAAACAGAAUCAUUUCUUUGAAGUUUCACUGAAAUCUGAAACGGGCUUUUGGAGAGGUAGUGUAGACAAUCUAAAAACAAAUGGUGAACAGAUGUAUUGGCAACAAAAAACAAUACAUUUUAUUAUAAUUAUUAAUGACUGAUACAAAGUCAUUAAAACUUCCUUCUAAAUGUUAAGUCUCAAAAUAGAAUAUUUCUGACAACAAGGAUCCUACUUCAAUGUCUGAAAUUUUGUGGAAAACAGCCUUUAAUGUUGUAACACUCAUUCAAGCUUAGACAAUCAAAAUAUUCCAAUGCAAAGGAAUAAUUUGGAAUUAUCUGAACCACAGCAGGUGGUCGUAUAGUAAUAUUAGGUUUGUGUUUAUGUAUUCUUUAUAACUGGUAUACCUCAACAUAUGCUAACAUCACUCCUACAUGUAUAACAACCAAUAAAAAUGCUGUAACAACUGAA